AUGGCGGAGCUACAGACGAUUGCGGCCGUGUUCGAUCUGUUGAAAGUCUCGUAUGAGGCUGGACGGUUUUUGAAGAAGGUUAAAGAUGCGGACAAGAUUGCGGCCGAGAUCAGUGAUCGUAUCGAACGGCUGGAAAGUGUGCUCAAAAGUGUCGAGGCUGUUCUGAAGGCGAGAGACGACCAUGCAGUGUCUAGCGGAGACGACGCCCAAGUCGCGGAAAGGAUCAAGCGAAGCGUACUUGCCUGCACUAAGACGUUGAAAGACCUGCGCACCAAGUUGGGCGGAUUCGAUGCUGCAGCUAGCCGUGACCGCGACCUGAUAGAGCGGGUAAAGAUUGCCUUUCGACAGCCAUCGAUCAACAGAAUCAAUACAGAGCUGGAAGCCAGAGUGCAGACCUUGUCCACCGACUUGUCAGUGCUGCAGCUAUUCGACCAGACUAAAAGCAAAUCAGCGCUGGACGACAACCACGAGACAGUGCUUGAAGCGAUCUCAAAACUUGGUACCCAGCUGGAAGAAGGCAACAAAUUGCUCAGCAAGCUCCUCGCUGCUCAAGACAAUGUCGCCUCGCAGCAGCCACCACCUUCUCGGGUGCCAGCUGCAGCAUCCACGCUGCCAAACAAUGAUGCAAUCGCGAGUCUCGAAGAUACGCUGCGUGGAGCUGAAGGAGUUCACGAGCACUUCACCUCUGAGUACACUGCCGAUGCCAGAUCGGAGAGGAUCAAACGCGAUGAUGCCGAGCAGAAUGGUUUGCCGUUGAAUGGGAUCACACCUUCCAUUCCAGUCAUCACAACAUCUUCGGAUGCGUUCUCAGUCUCCUCAGAUCCGGCCAGCUCCAAUCAGGAAGAGGCGACAGACCCCAUCCUCGACGAAGAUAACGAAGAUGACGAGGAGGUGUGGCCCCUCGAGAUCCUCGACAGGCAUAUCUCUGCAUACAUCGAUCGUUCUGUCAAGGACAGAGAUGCCGGCAACCUGAAUCAAGCAGAGGUCAACCUAAAACACGCAAUCAGUAGCUCGGAAACUCGUGAAAGCCGCUAUGGUGUGCUUUUCGUGGAGCGCAUUCAGCUGCAAGAAGACAUGGCAUCACUGUACCAGCACCAAAAGAAGUGGGCUGAAGCGGUGAAGACCGUACAUCAUCUGCUGCGCGAGAGAUCUUCUUCGGACGCUUCCGGUAACAGUCAAGCUGCCGGUUCUGUCGGCCUCGUCGAGGCACGACAGCAUCAACACCUUGCGUCCAUCUACUACGAGCGACACUACAGCGAAUCGACUGGCGGGCUCAGCCUCACAACCGAGGACAUCGAGAAAGCCGAGUCACAUGCCAGAAAAGCUUUCAACAAGCAGUGGAAGGUGUUCAAGGGCCGAGAUAAAUCGCCCGAUGAAGCAGCUCAGCACAACGCGUGCAUCACCAUCCUCGUCCGCAUCCUUGAGACCAGAGACAAGACUGUGGAAGCCAACGAGAUGCGUAAGCUGCUGAUCAAAGGAUCGUCCAUGGCGAGUGAUAGUCUUCGGCGGAUCUCCACUACCCAUGCUCCUGUGCAAAGAGAGUGCACUGCCGCUGACAAGCAUGACACCUUGAUCGAGGCGAUCAAGUCAGGCAAUAUCGAGCAGAUACAGACCUCGCUGGAUGCAGAUGAUUUGAACCUCGAGCAUUUCGACAGACAAGGGAAGACUUUCUUGGUGCAUGCUGUCGAGAGCAAAGACGAGGCGACCGUGCAUAAGCUGCUAGAUCCAGAAGUUGGGGCGUCGGUCCACACUGCUAACAGGCGUGGUCUCACGGCCCUGCAUUUUGCCGCAAUGGGAGGCUUUCACGAUAUGACCAGAUGUCUCCUACACCACGAUGCCGAGAUCGAGCCUAGAGAUAAGAAGGGCGAAACUCCAAUCAUCAAGGCCGUCCUCGCUGGCGAUACCAAGAUGGUACAGAUCCUCGCUGACACACUGGAAGACAGCCUGAUGACCAAAGGAGGUGACGAAUGGAGUGUGUUGCACUACGCAGUCCAGAAACCGAACAGGGAGAUGAUCGAUUUGCUUUUAGAGCUUGCACCAGAUCUCAAGGACGCCGUGGACCAACGAGGACAGACGGCCCUGCACCACUGCGCCGACUUCGAACGACUGGAACAAGUCCAUGCUCUACUAGAGCACGAACAUGCUCUAGACGUCAAUGCCACUGACUCUGUGUCCCGAUCUCCGCUCUAUUUGGCAGCAACCAAGCCGCCCACGCCACGACGCGAGAAUGUCGUGCGGAUAUUGUUGCGUAAGGGCGCUCGACUGGACGAACAUCGACCCCCUCCAAGGAUGCGCGACUAUAAGCUGGGUACAUCGCGGCGGGAUAGCACGCUGUCACGCACCAGUGUGAGCACGUCGGGUACUUUUGGUACGACUUCGACAAGUAGGUCCAAGGUCUCCAGAAUAGCCGGACGACUUGGCUUGCGAUGA